GCCUAGCUCUACCCGGAACCAUUAUGCAGACAGGAAACUACCAUUUUAACGCUAGCAGCAUCGGAGGAGCCGUCGUCUACAGAGGGGGACACCUAAAACUGACAAGGGCGGAAAACAGCCGAGCGUGGAGAAAAGAGGGAAAAACACGACGGAAACUAAACAAAGGCGCCGUUUGGGUGAAGACGAGCGGCGAGCCGGUCGAGCAGUAGGACCGUGGCGUCAGACAAUGGACAUAUCGGACCAGGCCAGCGGAAAUAGUUUUUGUUAGCGAGUGAAAAGCAGCCCUCCCGGGCCGAUGGAGAGCCAGGCCUUUCACAGUGUUUUUCCAUGGAUGAAGAAAAAGGCCCCGCUGACAGGCAGUAGGGACCCCGCUCUCACGGCGCACUCUCCGCUCGAUGUUUUCACACUUUUAUUCCCGUGUUUCUGAGCUUUUUAUUGCACCCAGCCAUCGUAUGCCACAAGGCUGUCGACCUGAGGUCACCGGUUGUCGGCGGAGAAGGCGAACAGUUUCGCCCCCACAGCUGCUUUCCAACUGGGAUCUCAAGACCUGUGGAUCAGCCGGCUGUCCAAAUAACUCCAUGAAGGGCGAGAAGGGCAGUGAAGCUAUGGUUCAUCCUGCACUGAAGUAACGGACUCCGCUGUCAGCAUACGGUUAUGGAACACUUUGAAGAAACACUACAGACUGUUUUUUAGUAUCAUGUAGUUUACUGCCUAUUUAUGACCCUUUUUGUAACAUCCCACAGAAGCACUUGAAAGCUUCACUCUUGAAUGGAGAGUUUAAGUAUUAGUGAUACAUUUAUGUGAGAAAAGCAAGCGUCGGCCUUUGGUGGAUUAUAGUGGCUCGCUGGAAGUUUGGGUAGAGAUCACACCAGGACUACCUCUGAACAAUCACACCUUGUCAGCUUGACAAGGGUUUUUUUUGCUGUUUCCAGCAAUUACAGACUUAGUGCACGUGGCAGUUGUGGCUUCGUUGCCACAGCUGUAUUGGGAGAUGUUCCAGUUCAGCAAGUACCCCAUGGACAUUUUAGAGAUGCUAAGUGGACACCAAGCCCACCAGUUCAAAGGCCUUGGAUUAGAGCGACAACUGAGCCACCAACAGCAAGUCCAGCUGCAGCAUCAGCAGCAGCUCCAGCAGCAGCACCAGCCCUCCGGUGACAGCUCUGGAAGCCUCCUGUCUGGCCUCGGACUCGGAUCUCUCCAGAGCUCUCGGAGCAACGCCUUCGCUGACUCCUCGUCGUUAUUUGCCAAGAUGAGCGCCCCUCCCCCGCCCAUCUCCCACCAGAGCCAGUCGUCCUCUUCGUCCCACAGCUCCAGAAAAUCCAGCAAGAUGAGCAGCAGCAGCAGCAGCGGGAGUGGGAGCUCCUCGUCGGGGUACCCCCAGUUUCUGCGGCCUUUUCACCCGGCCGAGGCCGCGCUGGCGCAGGAGCAGCUCCACUCUGGGAUGGGACGGUUUGACUUUGGUGGGAGCAGCAGUGGAGGAAGUGCGGGGGUCAUCGGGGGGGUCGUCACACCUGCGCCACCGCCUCCCCCGCUGCAUCCAGGCCUCUCUGUCCCCCAGCCUUCCCCCGGUCCCCCCUCUUCCUCACCCUCUCCCUCCACCUCGUCUUCAGCCUCCAACAACCCCUCUGGCAGCACUGCAGUCCCCCUAGUCGGCCAGUCUGACCCCCGCAGCCUCCACCAGCAGUUCAGCUGCAUGCUUGCCGCCAACCAGUACUUCCUGUCCGGCGUCCCCACCAACAGCAGCCUGGAGCAGUUCCUUGUCCAGCAAGGCACUCACAACCACUUGGGCUUGGGUCUGGGGCAAGGGGCCACUGAUUCAAACUCAGCCCUGGCCCCUCCCCCAGCCCUCCACUCCUCCCACAGCCACAGCCACACAGCUCCACAGCCUCAGCAGCAACAACAACAGCUGACCCCUCAUGCCUUAUCUCAUCCACACAGCCACACUCACCACCCGCACCCUCUCCACCCGGCCCCCCAGCCUGCCCCGCUGGGUGGCUUUGAUUUCCAAGGCAUUCCAGUCCUUUCCUCGAACCAAAUAGCAUCACUAAUGCAGCAAGAGGCCGGCCUUCCCCUCCCCCUGCCGCUGCACCUGUCCCUCUCUAAAGAUGACACAGGAAAGACGGGAGACAGCUCGUCUUCGUCGGCUUCGAGUGGAGGAAGCCGGAGAAAGAAAGCGAUGGCAGGCUACCUGCCCCAGAGGAAAGCGGACAGUAGUAGCCACAGUCACAGCAGUCACAGCCAUAGCAGCAGCAGUGUUAGUAACUGCCAUAACAGCAGCUCAAGUGGGCACAGUCAGAGCUCCUCAUCAGGCCUCGUGGGAGGAGGAUCUGGGAUAAGUGGCAUCGGAAGCGAGCCACCGCAUUCCUCUCUCCUCUCAUCGUCAUCGCAGCAGCAGCAGUCGUCCUCCGCCGUCUCCUCCUCUUCCUCUGCCCCUCCUCCCUCUAACUCCACCUCUGUGCUUGUAGCCAACGGCAACCAACAAUUGUCCAAAUCCCAAGAAAGCCACAGUAAUAGUUCAUCGGGCCAGCCCGAACCAGAACCCCUCUACCACUGUGGUGAGUGUGGUAAAACCUUCACCCACCUCUCCAGCCUUCGAAGGCAUCUCCGCAGCCACGGCUUGACACCGGAAAGCCAAAGCAGGAAGUCAGACUGUAACUCCCCCAGCCCUGAGAGGAUAUUCUGCUGUGGUGAGUGUGGGAAGAGGUUUAAAAAGAGGGGUCACCUCAUCCAACAUAGCGUCACCCACUCAGAAAACCGGCCCUUUGUCUGUAACAUCUGCCAGAAGUCCUUCAACCGUCGAGAGUCGCUCACAAGACAUGAGAAGAUUCACGACGAGAAGCCUUUCCGCUGCCCGGCUUGCGGCCGUUGCUUCCGUGAGAGCACCUCUCUUCUCAAUCACGCUGCUUCAGGUGCCUGCGGCAAACCUCCUCGGAGUUCAAAAAACCGGGCCAGCACCGGCGGGAGUGGGUCAUCCAAUCCCAGCAGCAGUAAAAUGGGAAGCAGUGGAAGCAGGGUAGGAAUUUCGAAUGAUGGGGCGGCGAUGGCUAAUGAUAAGUAUGCAACAGAUUAUUCCAGAAAUCGCUACCAGAACCAGUCGUCCUACAACAGCGGGGUCGAGGACUACAGGCGAUCACAAUCCUCAUCUCUGUACCCCUCGGAGAGUUCGCUAGCCAGUGAAAUGACCAGCCAAACACUCCGGAAGGCCCCUUUAGCCCCAACUCUUCAUCCCCACCCACAGAGCCAGCAGCAACAUCACCACCACCACCAACCGCAGCAGCAGCAGCAACAACAACAACAACAACAGCCCCACCUCCCCCUCUCCUCGCUAUUGGACGAUUCGGAUGAUGAGGUCACCAGCAGUGCGAUGUCGGCCAUUGCCGCUGCGGCCGCAGCCUCCUGCGACAUAAACACAGAAAGCCGGGAAGGAGAGAGGAGAGAUAUCAUCGGAGGCCUGCUGGGGGGGUUGGGGUUUGGUAACAUGGGCGGCCCUUCAUCUACGUCCAGCCUCAACGGCUCCACCAUACCUUUGACCCACCCGAGCCAGCCCCACACGAAACCCAGGAGGCCGAGGAAGCCCAGGGAGAAAAGGGACCCAAGCACCAUCGUCAGGAGAAGAAGGAGCCCCGCUCCUCCGGGGGACGGGUCAGAAAGGCCGUACAGCUGUCAGAUCUGCGGCAAACGCUUCAGAAGGGCAGAAACCCUGCGGCGCCACAACCGCGUCCACACGGGGGAGAAGCCUCACGCCUGUGACGUAUGUGGCAAAAUGUUCCGUGAGCCUUUCCACCUCACCAAGCAUCUGACUGUGCACUCCGGCCAAAAGAACUACAAAUGCAAUCUGUGUGGGAAGAUGUUUGCCUAUGCACAGAGCCUGGUGAGGCACGGGAAGCUGCACAGGAAAGGGGAGAUCGACAACCAGGGGAGGAGGAUUAAAGGUGUCGCCGCUGCCAUAAGUCAAGUCGCCAACUCUGCAAAUUCUGACUACUUCUCAUCCUGCUCCCAAGGAGAAAAGUCUCCGACGUCCGGCACCCCCUCUCAGAGGCUGUAUACCUGCACGGUGUGUUGGAAAUCAUUCCGACACUACUUCCACCUGACGGCACAUCAGCAGACUGUCCACGGCGGCGGAGUCGGCCUGGAAAAGUCCUUUCGUUGUGAAGUAUGCGGUAAAGCCUUCGCCUACUCCAACAGCUUAGUGCGGCACAAGCUGUCUCAGCACGGCAUCGACCGCAACGGACAGCGCGUCAACCAGUCCCAACCCUCUGGAUACUCGCCGCUCUUCUACGAUUCUGGAUCAGGUCCCAACUACGCCGGGUCGUCUCACAUGCAGCAAGGGGCCCCUGGGCAGCAGCAGCAGCAGCAACAACAGCCGCAGCAGCAGCAGCAGCAGCAGCAGCAGCAGCAGCAACAACAACUACAGCUGCAGCACCCUUUUCACUACCGCUCAAAAAACUUCCAAAAGCGGCAUGGACAGACAAAAAAGCACCGAAAGAAAAAAAGGCGAGUGGUGAUCCACAGCAUCAUGAGAGACGGAAAGCUGGUGGGCGUCCCGCUGAGUAAAGACACCCGCAAGAAGCUGAUCAUUCUGAGGAAAAAGAGGGGCAAACUGCAAGCACAGCUCAACAAAAAAAAGAUGCUGGCCCAGCUGAGGAUAAAGGGCGGCGUGAUGAAAGUGAAGGCGUGGAGCGGCGGCGCAGUCAGAGUCACCGGGCUCACCUCAAUGGAUGUUCCUAUCAAGCGAUUCCCCUGCCCCAUCUGCCCCAGCGCCACAUACGCCAAGCAGGGUUCUCUGCUGGUCCACUACGCCAUCAGGCACCCGCCAAGAAACUCAGGCCGCCACGCCCGUCUGCGGUGCCAGGUGUGUGGAAGACGCACCGGCUCCUUACACAAAGCCUUGAAACACAGGGGCCAGCAUCUUAAACAAGCCGCAUUCCAGUGCUGCAAAUGCCGACACCGUUUCUGGAACCCCGGGCUUCUGGGGCGCCACAAGUUCUCCUGUCGGGGGUUGACCGCCGGCAGCGGGGGUGGGAACUGGGGACUAAUGAAGAUGAAACCUCUUUCCUCACAUGACCAGUCAGAUAAUGACCAUUCACCAGUCCAGCUAACGGUCCCCGUUCUGGUCCAGCCUGAGAGAUCAACAGUUCUGACUGAGUACAGUCAGUAAAAAAUACUUUUUUCUAGACUAGAUUGUUUUUACGUUUAUUUUUUUUAAAUAAUCCAAGACGCAAGCAAGAGCUAGCAAGUUUUUAACAGAAAAAGAUGUGAGAGUGGGGAGGGGAUAUCCCCACGCCGCUCCCAGUCCUGACUGACUCCAGCAAAGGUGGUUGAUGAAUUAGUGUGGACUUCAAAAGGCCCAAAAUCAGAACCACCCUCAGUAUCUGCCCCCCCUUCCCCGAAGGAGAAGGACCUCUAGACCACGUGACAGUUUUAGUAGCACCAGUUUGACAAAUGCAUUAAUCCAGUUUCCAUCACCUGUUUUUUUUAUUUUUAAUUAUUUUACCUUUAGCAGUGUUGGCGCAUACAUAUGGAUCGGAUGCCUGUUGUAGAAGUGAGGUACCUUUUAGUACCAGUUUAUUUUUUCAAUUUGUUUUCACAUUAUUCACAGUUAAACAGUAUAGUCUGUGUCUCUUGCUCUGUGUGUUUAUUUGUUACCCCAGUGGAGGAUCUCUCACUGUUUGUAAUGAGAUGAUAUCUGCCCUCAAGAUAAAUUCAUCUUUAAAGAAAAAGGAAACUCAGACCUGACAGUCUCAGAACCCCGUGAAAAGGAUUUUUAUAACAGUAAAGGCUCUUAUCUGUCACAAAAGGCGAAGCUAGUCGAUGUGCCGAAGUGGCUGAUAAUGAAAAAAAGGAGUUGGGAUAAAACAGAAACGUGUUGGUGACCUUGUUUUUAACGUACACUACUUUUGUCGUUGUUUAACGAGGCGUGGACGGCGAGAAAACGCGGCUCAAACUGUUCAAUGUGUUCAGGAUUUGAAAAGGACAACAGAAAUAACCGGAGUGUACUGUACAAUUCGUAUUAUAUUUUAUUAUAUAUUGAUUAUUUGCUGUUUUUUACUCCAAGUAUCAUUUCUUUUAUCAUUGUUGGUAUCGUAUGGGUGGGAGGGAAUGAGUUGGGGACUAUCUUUGUAAAACAGCGGGACGAGUAUAUGUAUCGAUGUGAUAUUUUUUCCCCCUCCCUGUACUCCUUUUACCUGCUCCCUCAUUGCCACAGUUAUGCCCAAUUUUUGUAACAAAAGCGUGUACACAUAGUUCAUUACUUAGGUUCUGUCCAGACGUGUUUUUUCUUUUUUCUGUAAAACUAAAACAUGUAAUAUUAUUACUAAAUUACUAUCCUUUUCUUUGCCUAAAAGUGAGUUGUUGAAAACCCUCAAAUCAAAUAAAAAAAAUCUGAAACGU